GCCUGUGGCCCCGGACACCCACCCAGAGGGAGGUUGGUGGCCAGCUGCCCACAAGGUCGUCUGUCCACAGCGGCUUACUCUGACGGUGGAUUGAAGUGCCAGUGCAGGUGCUGUAGCCAGUGCAACGGAGAGUGAGCAGCCAAGAAACCUCACGGUGGGCAGCCAACACCGCGCUCCAGCCUCCAGAGAUGGCCGAUAAGUGCAGCGAGGGGCUGCUGAACGGCACCGUGCCCGGGGAGCAGGGCAAACAGAACAAGAGCGUCAAGCGUGGCAACUGGGGCAACCAGAUCGAGUUCGUGCUGACCAGCGUGGGCUACGCCGUGGGGCUGGGCAACGUUUGGCGCUUCCCAUACCUCUGCUACCGCAAUGGGGGAGGUGCCUUCAUGUUCCCCUACUUCAUCAUGCUGGUGUUUUGUGGCAUUCCCUUAUUCUUCAUGGAGCUCUCCUUUGGGCAGUUUGCCAGCCAGGGCUGCCUUGGCGUCUGGAGGGUCAGCCCCAUAUUCAAAGGCGUGGGCUACGGCAUGAUGGUGGUGUCCACAUACAUCGGGAUCUACUACAACGUGGUGAUCUGUAUUGCCUUCUACUACUUCUUUGUGUCCAUGACGCACGUGCUGCCCUGGACAUACUGCAGCAACCCCUGGAACACACCUGACUGUGUGGGUGUGCUGGACGGGAACAUUUCCAGCCAUGCCGCCCUCAACCUCACCCAGCUCCUCAACACCACCCAGAAGCGGACCAGCCCUAGCGAGGAAUACUGGAGGAGGUAUGUGCUGGAUCUGUCAGAUGACAUCGGGAACCUGGGUGAGGUGCGGUUGCCCCUCCUGGGGUGCCUUGGUGUCUCCUGGGUUGUCGUCUUCCUCUGCCUCAUCAAGGGCGUCAAGUCCUCGGGGAAGGUGGUGUACUUUACGGCCACCUUCCCCUACGUGGUGCUCACUAUCCUCUUUGUGCGCGGCAUCACACUGGAGGGGGCCCUCACCGGCAUCAUGUACUACCUGACACCCCAGUGGGACAAAAUCCUCAAUGCCAAGGUGUGGGGUGAUGCAGCCUCACAGAUCUUCUACUCACUGGGCUGUGCCUGGGGCGGGCUCAUCACCAUGGCCUCCUACAACAAGUUCCACAACAACUGCUACCGGGACAGCAUCAUAAUCAGCAUCACCAACUGCGCCACUAGUGUCUAUGCUGGCUUUGUCAUCUUUUCCAUCCUGGGCUUCAUGGCCAACCACUUGGGUGUGGAUGUCUCCAAGGUGGCUGACCAUGGCCCCGGUCUGGCCUUUGUUGCCUACCCUGAAGCUCUCACCCUGCUCCCCAUAUCGCCCCUCUGGUCCAUCCUCUUCUUCUUCAUGCUUAUCCUCCUAGGGCUGGGCACACAGUUCUGCCUGCUGGAGACACUGGUCACGGCCAUUGUAGAUGAGGUGGGCAACGAGUGGAUUAUCCGCCGGAAGACCUUCGUGACACUGGGGGUGGCCGUGGCAGGCUUCCUUCUGGGUGUCCCACUCACCACGCAGGCGGGCAUCUACUGGCUCCUGCUGAUGGACAACUACGCUGCUAGCUUCUCCUUGGUUGUCAUCUCUUGCAUCAUGUGUGUGGCCAUCAUGUACAUCUAUGGGCACCGCAACUACUUCAAGGACAUUGAGAUGAUGCUGGGCUUCCCACCUCCACUCUUCUUCCAAAUCUGCUGGCGCUUCAUCUCACCUGCCAUCAUCUUUUUCAUCCUGGUCUUCACAGUGAUCCAGUACCGGCCCAUCUCCUACAACGACUAUGUCUACCCCACCUGGGCUAUAAGCAUCGGAUUCCUCAUGGCACUCUCCUCUGUCAUCUGCAUCCCCAUUUAUGCCAUCUACAAAGUGUGCCGCUCUGAGGGGGACACACUGCUGGAGCGCUUGAAAAAUGCUACCAAGGCAAGCAAGGACUGGGGCCCAGCACUGCCAGAGCACCGCAGUGGGCGCUAUGCCCCAGCGUUCAGCCCCUCCUCUGAGUCCCACCUGGAGGUGCAGCCUCUGCAGCCAGAGAAAGGCCGCAGUGAGGCGGCAGCUGCCUCCCCCGUGCAGGGCAGCAAUGGCUCAGCCCACAGCCAGGACUCCAGACUGUGACCCCUCGCUGUCCCUGCACCCCCUCUAACCCUUCCUGCGCGGUGAC